GGGAAGGUAGAAUAGAAGAUGAGGAACUAGAGAGGAUGAGAGGGAGUUGAGAAGGAGCCAGGAGGAUCCAUGGAGCAGAUGGACCAUGUGUCAGACGAGGAGGUGGAGGUCAGGGAGGAAGAGGAGGAGGAAGAGGAGGACAGCGAUAAGGAGGACCAGGACCUGGAUAAGAUGUUUGGAGCAUGGCUGGGAGAGCUGGACAAACUCACACAGAGUCUGGAUGACGGCCGCCCGGAGCGGCCUCCUCAGCAGAAAGCUCCCCUCAGACAGGAGACCAACAUGGCCAACUUAACCUACAGAUUCUCCAUCUACAACAUCAAUGAGGCGUUGAAUCAGGGCGAGAACGUGGAUCUGGACGCUCUCAUGGCUGAUCUCUGCUCCAUCGAACAGGAACUCAGCACCAUCAACACAAAACCCAACAGCGCCGGCAGCAUGGCUCGCCUGGGGCUGACCGACACCAAGGUCCGUCAGAAGCCUCCAGCAGGGCGCAGUGGCAGGCAGCAGCCAGCAGGGAGCAGCAGCGCCGGAGGUGGUGGCAGCAGUAGCAGUGUUAGCGGUGGGGGCGGCAGCAGCGGGGCGAGCAGCAGCAGCAGCAGCACCAGGGCGUCGCCGGCCGGCACGAUCAGAGCUCCCACCGGGCAUCAUGGGAGACCGGCGCUGGCUUCUAACUUCAGUCUGGACGACAUCACCGCCCAGCUGGAGAAGGCGUCUCUCAGCAUGGACGAAGCUGCUCGUCAGACCUCCUCCCACUCCCUCAGCUCCGCCUCCACCUAUACAUCAGCCACGAUGCGGCGGCCCGCAUCAUCCCAGCGCCAGCAUCGACGCACGGGAUCGGUUGGCACGGUCAGCGACCACGAGGUGCGUUCAAUCGUCCACUCCUCGCGCUCCUCCGUCACCUCGGCGUCCGGGGUUUCUGUUAACUCUGCUUCCUCCAUGGAUUCGUUGGACAGCGUCCUCCGCUCCAAUGAGUCGGACGGUCAGCAGUCCACAGGUCAAGCUGAGGGCGCCAGUCAAGGUCAUCACAUCACAGAGGAGGAGCAGGCUGCCAAGCUGAAGGCAGAGAAUAUCCGAGUCGCCCUGGAGAAGAUCAAGGAGGCCCAGGUGAAGAAGUUGGUGAUUCGUGUUCAUCUGUCGGACGAGAGCUCCAAGACCAUGAUGGUGGACGAGAGACAGACGGUCAGACAGGUUCUGGACAGUUUGCUGGAGAAAUCUCACUGUGGCUACAGUCCAGACUGGUCACUGGUGGAAACCAUCAAUGAGCUGCAGAUGGAGCGGAUCUUCGAGGAUCAUGAGAACCUGGUGGAGAACCUGCUGAACUGGACCAGAGACAGUCAGAACCGCCUGAUGUUCACUGAACGCAUCGAGAAGUACGCCCUGUUCAAAAACCCCCAGAACUAUUUGUUGGGGCGGAAGGAGACGUGCGAGAUGGCCGAAAGAAACAAAGAGGCUCUGUUAGAGGAGUGUUUCGGCGGUAGCUCAGUGUCCGUCCCUGAGAUGGAGGGAGUGUUGUGGCUGAAAGAGGAUGGGAAGAAGUCGUGGAAGAAACGCUACUUCCUGCUAAGGGCCUCUGGCAUCUACUACGUCCCCAAGGGCAAAGCCAAGGCAUCCAGAGACCUGGUGUGUUUUCUCCAGUUGGAUCAUGUUAACGUUUACCACGGCCAGGACUACAAGAGCAAGUACAAGGCUCCUACAGACUACUGCAUGGUGCUGAAGCACCCUCAGAUCCAGAAGACGUCGCAGUACAUCAAGUACCUCUGCUGUGAUGAUGUCAGAACCCUCCAACAAUGGAUCAACAGUAUUCGCAUCGCCAAGUACGGGAAGCAGCUGUACAUCAAUUUCCAGGAGGCAAUGAGGAGGACAGAGGCGGCCUAUGAUUGGUCUUCCCUAUCGUCUUCCUCCAUCAAGUCAGGAUCCAGCUCCUCCAGCCUCCCAGAGUCCCAGUCCAACCACUCCAGCCAAUCGGACAGUGGUGUUUCAGAGAUGACGUCAACAGGCCACACCCGCUCCCAGAGUGUCGUCAGCUCCAUCUUCUCUGAUGCCUGGAGGAGAGGAACGCAAGGAGAGAUGAUGAAGAUAGACCCUAUCAGUAGACCUAUCCCUCUCCAGAUACCUUCCCUCUCUCCACAACCCCUCCCUCUCUCUCAGCCUCAGACCCCACCCUCCCGGACCAGCUACACCGAUGGCCUCAUCCCAUCUGAGGAUUCCUCUCCAUCACCUCCCUCGCCUCCGCCACCUCCGCCUCCUCCCCCUAUUGCAAGUGUGGCCCAUCAGUCAGCACCUACCUCCUCAUAUGUCAAGUACAGCACACUGGCUCGCCUGCAGAGCCAGAACCAGUCCAGGACACAGCUGCCAGGAGCCACCCCACCAUCCCUCCCCAUCCAGUCUACAAAACCAAACUACAAUACCCUCCCAGCCGCUUACAGCACCUCCCCUCCAUUACCACCGUCUCCUCCCCCGCCUCCUCCACCCACUGUGCCGGCUCCUGGCUCAGCCAUGGCCGCGUUGAAAUUUGGUCCAUCUAGCCCCUCUGCUCUGCCACCACCACCCCCGCUGGAAGAGGAGAUCCAGGAGUCCUCCUACCUCCCCCCUCCUCCACCAGAGAGCCUGGAGGCCAAUGGGUUGCUGCUUCCUCUCCCUCCAGAGCCCAUGCUCAACUCCUGUCCUCAGCUCUCCAACGCUGGCCUCCAGCAGUUCUUGGCACAGAAGUUUCCCAACAUGGUGUAUGACUUCAGCCCAGGAGUACCCGACGAUGACUCUCCUCCUCCUCCUCCACCUCUGGCUGAGCUUUCUCCUCCUGCUUCCCUGCAAGCUCUCCGGCCCCUUUCCCCCAAUGCGCCCCCUCCUGCGCCUCCAAAAACCUUUACUGGUGGUUUUCCCCCUCAAACUGCUCCCAAACCUUCUGGUCCCUCUUCCCUUCCCAUUGCCCUCUCACCUGUGUCACCCACACCGCUCCACAGUGGCCACGGGCCAGUUAAAAAGCAGCAGAGUUUCUCAACAGGUCAUUCCCCAAAUCAGCCACCUCCCACAUUGCCAAAGCAGCACAGUCUCUCUUCCAAAAACCUUGCCCUCUCUCCUUCCUCCUCCUCCUCUUCCGUCUCCAUUGCAGCUGCUACCUCCUCUUUGGUCAAACAGAUUGUCAAUCAGUUCCCAGGAAAUGCUGCCCCUUCCUCUCUGCCUGCCUCCAACUCCAUGGAAGGAUCUAAGUUCUCUGCUCCUCAGUCUCCUCCUGCCGUCAAGGCCAAACCAAAAUGGCAGCCAGGAGGCGUUGUGGCGCCACAGUCCCCAGAGUUCCCCCCACCUCCUCCUGACAGCUCCUUAGGAGAUUUCCCUCCUCCUCCCUCUUCAUCCUCGUCCAGGACAGGCUCCCCUAUAAAGAAGUCGCCUUCCACCUCAUCCACAGGAUCCAUCAAGCGAGGGCCUCCACCAACCCCACAAAGAGCCUCCUCCAUUCGGUCCAGUUCAGGCGAGACUCAAGAGGAGAGGCCAAAGAAGGUGGAGAGCCUGGUCAACAAAUUUGGCCAAACUCCUCAGACGGGUACAUCCUCAAGCUCCUCGUCAGCGACUGGGUCUCCUUCAAAAGAUUCUUCUGCGCUUCCUGCUCCGCUCCCAAAGCCGGGGAAGCUGAACUUGGCGAACCUCCCGUUGGCGCUCCAGGGGCUACAAACAGGCCAGCACCAUCAGCCAUCUGACUUCCCAUCCCCUCCUCCCCCACCUCCCCCCUCCCAGCCUACUCACCUUGAGUCUCCUGACUACUUCCCACCUCCCCCCAGUGACUUUGAGCUUUUCCCUCCUCCUCCCCACCCGUCAGAGUUCCACCAGACCCCUAAGGUCGCUGUGGUGAACCCCCAGCCUCAGAUGCAGCCGCAUCAACAGUCAGCAACCUCCUCCAUGUCAUCGUCGUCAUGGAAACAAGGCUCACUGAAAAAGGGGGCAGUCCCUCCUCCAACACUGAACCGGCGGAGCAGCAACACGACCCAGUAUGACAAUACAAUUUCAAUGCCCCUCUCGCCGCCUCCCCUGUCUCAGACACCACCUCCUUCCCUGUCCUCAUACUCCUCCUCCUCCUCCUCUCCCGUCCCCCCCACCUCCCCGAAAUCAGCAGGGCCGGUGUCGCUGGCACUAAAGCCUCACUUCCUGGAAGACCUCAAUCGCACUCUUAAGCGGAAGUCAGUGUCUCGCCAUGGCUCGCUCACCUCCUCCCACCUCAUCUCCUCUAAGAUGGACCCUGUGGGCACCAUGGACGACAUGGCGCUCCUCCCGCCACCCCCUCCGGAGCUAAUGCAGCAGCAGCAGCAGGGCGUCCGGGGACACUCCCAAACUUUGUCUCGCCACCACACGCACUCCCACUCCACCAAACAUGCCAACAUCUCAGGCUAUGCAACGCUGCGGCGAGGCCCACCUCCCGCUCCUCCAAAAAGGGACCAAAGCACCAAACUGACCAGUGACUGGUAG